AUGAUUAUUUACCUCCAAAUUUUAAACAUUUUUAUAUUCUGCUUUCAAUACUUUCUCUUAAGCUAUUCUUUAUUUUACUUUUAAUAUAUAAUAAAUAAUCUGCUAUAUUAAAUGAGGAGAUUGUAAAUAUCAGUCUAAUAUUUUUCGUUUAUAUUUUUGUAGCCUUUAACUUAAAUAGAACCUUGGGAAGUAGCGAUUUAAGAAAAAAGACUAAACAAAUGGAUAGAUUUAGCUAAUUAAUUAAUUUUAAAGAUUUAAAUCAUAAUAACUACAAGAGUAAACUAGAUAUAACUUGUCCUAUAAGCUUUGAAUCUUGGGAUGUUGCUAGAAAAUUUAUUCUUGGCUAUAAAAAAUCAUAUUUAGAAAUGCUUGAUAUUUCUUAUUUAGGACUUUUAUUUUACUUUCUUUUUGUGA